AUGCGAAUUGAUGCUUUGGUUUUAUCGUCCAUUACUUCUCCAACUCCAGCAGUGAAGAUUGACAUAAACCAAUGGCCAUAUUUGGGAGACAUAGAUUUGGCGGACAACCGUUUCGGUACGCCUGGAACUAUCGACGUUCUGAUCGGCGCGGACGUGUGGGGGCGACUCAUUGAAGGUAAAGUCAUCGGUGGAGGACCAGACGAACCUUUUGCCCAGCGUACCCGCUUUGGAUGGGUGGUGUUUGGCCCAACAGCAGUGACCCUUCCUGCAAAGGAAUCAUUGCUCACCCUAACCACUUCGCUAGACAGGGAGGACCACCGGUUGGAGGAACUGGUGUCCAAAUUUUGGCAAAUGGAGGAAAUAGCAGUGGUUGACGAUCUGCCAGAGAAUGAAUGUGCGCAGAUCUUCGAGACCACUCAUAGCCGUACCUUAGACGGCCGUUAUAUCGUACACUUACCUUUGCGACGAAAGGCAACGGAACUAGGUGACUCUUACGCACUGGCAUUACGGCAAUUUCAUAGACUGGAGCGUCGCAUGGUUGCGGAUCCAGUCCUUAGGGAAAACUACAUUUCAUUUAUGAGGGAGUAUGCAGCACUCGGACACAUGGAACUAGUACAACCACCUUAUGAUCAUACCAAUUGCUACUACAUUCCUCAUCAUGCGGUCACAACGAAGUUCCGCGUGGUGUUCAACGCUUCGGCACCUACCAGCACUGGAAUCUCACUGAACGAUGUUCAACUGGUAGGUCCGACCCUACAGGAUUCGCUGAGUAGUAUACUUUUACGUUUUCGGCGCUAUCGAGUGGCGAUAACUGCGGACAUAGAGAAGAUGUUCAGGCAAGUAUUGGUUGCAUCUGAACAUCGCGACUAUCAACGAAUUAUAUGGCGAGAGACUCCUGCAGACGAGAUCCAGGUGUAUCGCCUGAAGACCAUCACAUAUGGCAUGGCAUGCAGUCCUUACAAUGCAGUGCGAGCCCUACAACAAUGUGCUUAUGAUAAUUCAGCUGUGGUUCCCGAAAGACAACAAGGGACGCUGGCUCGAGCUGCGAUAUUAACCUCGUUUUAUGUUGACGACUUCUUAACGAGUUGUGAAAGCGUUACCGAAGCAGUGAAGCUGGCUAAGAACGUGGACGCCGUCUUAUCUGCGGGACAGUUCACUCUAAGAAAAUGGAGCUCGAACGAUAGUCAGGUAAUGAUUCGUUUAUCUAAUGAGCCGUCACUUUCUAAUUAUGUCUUCCAUGCUGGUGAGGCUUCCGUUUUGGGCUUAAGAUGGGACGCACUGGAGGAUCAGUUAUUCUUUCGCGUCGAUUUAUGUCAAAGAGUAGAAAUUCCAACGAAGCGCCGUGUACUCAGCGAGGUGGCACGACUCUUCGAUCCUACUGGAUUCUUAUCGCCUGUUAUCGUAACAGGAAAAAUAUUCAUUCAGCGACUAUGGUCUGCGGGUCUAUCCUGGGACUCACCAUUACCUGAUGAUCUUUGCCGCGAAUGGCUGAAGUAUCGGUCACAGCUUCCGGAGCUCAAUCAAAUUCGUAUCGAACAGUGGAUGGGAAUGAUUUCACGCGUUCAGAUAUCAUUUCAUGGGUUUUGCGAUGCCAGCUCACAUGCUUAUGCAGCAGUUAUUUACGCGAAGACGUCGAACACAAACGGUUCGAUGCGUUUCACACUUCUAACGGCACGUACCAAGGUGGCACCAUUUAAAAUCGCUACCAUUCCACGCCUGGAACUUGCGGCAGCGCUGCUUCUUGCCGAGACAUUCCAGAACGUGCGAGAUUCUUUGGGAUUAGUUGACGUUCCCUACUAUCUGUGGUCGGACUCAGCAAUCGUAUUGCGUUGGCUCAGGAAGGAUCCAGCAACACUUAAACCAUUUAUAUCAAAUCGGGUUCGUAGAAUACAGGAGCUGACAUCCCCCGCCCGAUGGCAUCACAUUCGUUCGGCUCAUAACCCAGCUGAUUGUGCCAGUAGAGGUAUCACACCCGCCGAGCUAUUAGUACAUCCCCUUUGGUGGCAUGGACCUAAGGAGGCAGAGAUGAUGUAUGGGGACAGUAGUGAUGUUCCUCUCAGCAAGGAUGAGUCAAAUGUCUUUCUCGCCGAAAACCGAAAUACAACCAAAUUUAUUGUACUCAUUCCGAUGUAUACUCGUCGUCCAAACGGACACGCUAUUUUGUUAACUGAACGGUUCAGUAGUAUCACUCGAUUGUUGGGUACAUUGGCCAUUAUACUGCGCUGGUUAGGAAGGCGUCGACACUUUCGUCAACCGGUGAUCGUUGCUCAGGAGAAGCAUUAUACACUAUAA